AUGGCUUAUUAUAAAGAAAAUUUUGAUAACCGGAAUUCAACAUUCCAAAAUAUUCCACCACCACCCCCUCCCCUCAGCUUCUACAUGCCCCUGGCAGUCACUGAUGAACAAUUUGUAAAACAAUUUGAAAAAUUGAACACCAAAGUUUCUAAAAAAGCAGUGUCUAUAACCGAAAUAAGGGAAAAAAUUCGGGCUCUAGUGCUAACUGUAAAUAAAUUAAAAGAAAAGCAAAAAAUACUGGCUGAAAACUUAAAGACAUUGUCAGAAGAAGAAUGGAGUUCUUCAGUAAGACAGAUGAACGAAAGUCAGUUAAAAGUUGACGAGAUAUUGUCUCUUCUGGAUGAUUUUUGUUUGGAAGAUAUGAGGAAAGCAUUAGCCAAGAGAUCUGCUAAGCGGUUGAGAUUGAAACGGUUGAAUACAGAAAGGAAGAAGGAAAAGGAAGAGAUGAUCAAAGAAAGGGAAGAAAGAUCCCGGAAAAUAGAUGAGAAUCUGCAGAAAAUUCAGGAUGAUAUCAAAAAAGUUAAACUGGAUCAAGAAGCUAAACUAGCUGCGGACUGCAUUCUCCGAGACACUCUCCGGAAGAAGCAUGAUGCCAAGAAGUGUAUUGUUAAGCUGGAGGCCCUGGUGAGGCUGCGGAAAGCUCGCCAGAACACUGCCAAGGGUCGCGGGGAGCACUGCUCGGAGAAUGAUGAGGCGGAGUUUAACAAUAAUAUUGAAAAGCUAAUAUUCCUUUGGAAAGGCAAGCUGUCUAACUACGAACUAGAAGAGCGACUCCUCCGGGACCAGCUGAAGGAAUCGCUACCGGUUGUUGGUAAAAUAGAGAGUGUUGUGGAGACACUGAAGACGUGGAGGCAUGUCAUGUUCGAUGGGGAACCGCAGUUCGAUUUUGAAGGAAAUGUCGGCGGAUUUCUGGCUGUCAGGGCGCAAUGGGACCAGAAUAUCAGCACCGACGGCUCAUCUCUCCCUGUUGGUUGGGUCGUUCCUGAACCUACAGACAAAACCUAAUAUUGUCCUACAAAUCUACUAUUAGACUAAU